GCCUCACUGGCUUUAGGAGCAGAAGACUCUUCCCAGGCUCUUUCAGGUGUGACAGGAAUACGACUUUGGGUACCAUUAUUUUCUCAUCAGAGCAGCAACUUAAAUGCUUGGGAAAAUGGUCGUGAUCUUUGGAGCCUCGAAUAUAUUUUGGAUGGUGUUUGCAGCUUCUCAAGCAUUUAAAAUCGAGACCUCCCCUGAAUCCAGGACUCUUGCUCAGAUUGGUGACUCCAUCUCCUUGACUUGCAGCACUAUAGGCUGUGAGUCCCCGACUUUCUCUUGGAGAACCCAGAUAGACAGUCCGUUAAAUGGGAAGGUGAGGAACGAAGGCACCAAGUCCACACUGACCAUGGAUCCUGUUAGUUUUGAGAACGAACACUCUUACCUGUGCACAGCAACUUGUGGAUCUGAGAAACUGGAAAAAGGAACCCAGGUGGAGAUCUACUCUUUUCCUAAGGAUCCAGAAAUUCAUUUCAGUGGCCCUCUGGAGGUUGGGAAGCAGGUCACAGUCAGGUGCUUGAUCCCUGAUGUAUACCCGUUUGACAGGCUGGAGAUGGAUUUACUGAAAGGUGAUUAUCUCAUGAAGAAUCAGGACUUUCUGGAAGAUAUGGAUAAGAAAUCCUUGGAAACCAAGAGUUUGGAAGUAACUUUUACUCCUGUCAUGGAGGAUACUGGAAAAACUCUUGUUUGCAGAGCUAAAUUAUACAUUGAUGAAACUGAUUCUGCGCCCAAAGAAAGAGAGGCUGUCAAAAAACUGCAAGUCUACAUCUCACCCAAGAAUACAGUUAUCUCUGUGCAUCCCUCCACAAGGCUGCAAGAAGGUGACUCUGUGACAAUGACAUGUUCCAGUGAGGGUCUGCCAACUCCGGAGAUUUUUUGGAACAAGAAAUUAGAUAAGGAAAAUCUACAACUCCUUUCUGGUAAUGAGACUCUCACCUUAAUUGCAAUGAGGGUGGAAGAUUCUGGAACUUAUGUAUGUGAAGGAGUUAAUCCGAUUGGAAGAAGUCAAAAAGAGGUGGAAUUAAUUGUUGAAGAGAAACCAUUUACUGUUGACAUCUUCCCUGGACCUCAGGUCGCUGCUCAGAUAGGGGACUCAGUUGUGCUGACGUGCCGCGUCACAGGUUGUGAGUCCCCAUCUUUCUCUUGGAGAACCCAGACAGACAGUCCUCUGAGUGGGAAGGUGAGGAGUGAGGAAAUGGAGUCCAUGCUGACCCUGAGCCCUGUGGGUUUUGAGAACGAGCACUCUUACCUGUGCACUGUUACCUGUGGACGGAGGAAACUGGAAAAAAGAGUCAGGGUGGACCUCUACUCAUUCCCUAGAGAUCCAGAAAUUGAGAUGAGUGGUCUACUUGUGAAUGGGAACCCCAUCACUGUAAGCUGCAAGGUUCCUAAUGUGUACCCUUUUGACCAUUUGGAGAUUGAAUUACUUAAUGGGGAGACUACUCUGAUGAAUAAAUACUUUUUGGAGGAAAUGGAUAAGAAAUCCCUAGAGACCAAAAGUUUGGAAAUAACCUUCAUCCCCACCACCGAGGAUACUGGAAAAGUUCUUGUUUGUCGGGCUAAAUUACAUACCGGUGAAAUGGAAUCUGAACCCAAACAAAGGCAGAGUACACAGACACUUUAUGUCAAUGUUGCUCCAAAGGAGACCACUGUCUUAGUCAGCCCCUCCUCCACCCUGGAGGAAGGCAGUUCUGUGAAUAUGACCUGCUUCAGUGAUGGCUUUCCAGCUCCCACAAUCCUGUGGAGCAGACAGCUAAGUAAUGGGGAUCUACAGCAACUAUCUGAGAAUACAACUCUCACCUUAAUUUCUACAACAGUGGAAGAUUCUGGCAUUUAUGUGUGUGAAGGGAUAAACCAGGCUGGAAUAAGCAGAAAAGAGGUUGAAUUAAUUAUCCAAGUUGCUCCAAAAGACAUACAACUUACAGUGUUCCCUUCUGAGAGUGUCAAGGAGGGAGACACUGUCAUUAUUUCCUGCACAUGUGGAAAUGUUCCAGAAACUUGGAUAAUCCUGAAGAAGAAAGCAGAGACAGGAGACACAGUGCUGAAGUCUAUAGAUGGCGCGUACACCAUCCGCAAGGUGCAGUUGGAGGAUGCAGGAGUAUAUGAAUGUGAAUCUAAAAAUGAAGUGGGCUCACAAUUAAGAAGUUUAACGCUGGAUGUUAAAGGAAGAGACAAUGACAAGGACUAUUUUUCUCCUGAACUUCUCGUGCUCUAUUGUGCAUCCUCCUUAAUAAUACCUGCCAUUGGAAUGAUCAUUUACUUUGCAAGAAAAGCCAACAUGAAAGGGUCAUACAGUCUUGUAGAAGCACAGAAAUCGAAAGUGUAGUUAAUAUUUGAAAUGUUCAACCAGAGACACAAUUUAUAAGUCCAAGUCAUUCCACAAGAAAAACAACAAGCUUGGAGUUCAGACUUCCUGGGAUGUACUGAAAACAGAAAGAAAUGGCCACCUGUGCCUCUUGCUGUGAGCAAGAGGCCAACAGAAAACCUUUUGCUUGAAAAGUCAUUGGCAUGGAGAUGAGAUGACUCCAGAGCUUUCCUGAUGUGUACAUACAAUAACAUAAUUUGUACAUAUGUAAAAUAAAUUAUGUCAUAGCAAGUUUGCUUCAAAUAGCAACACUCUAUAUUCAGAUCAUGAAAAUAGUUAAGUGGUGUUGCUUGAACUGACUGUUAUAACUUAAUGCAUUUUGGGAAAAUUUAAUAUUUACUAUUGACUGGCAGCUGACCUAUGUCAUCUUUCUUAUAUUUUAUUUCUUUAACAAAAUUUUAUUCCUAUGAUGUUUUUUGACAGUAAUUUCAUGUUUUGUAAAGAAGCCCGUGUGUUAUAUUUUUAUAGGCAAAUGACAAAGAGGCAAUGGGUCGACUUUCAGGUACUAAAGACCUCAACCUUUGGGUGUCUCUGUAUGGUACUGGCAUGGUACGGAGAUGUUUAUGAUAUUUGUUCAUCAGACGCUUGUGUAACUUUCUAAUGUAGUUUUUUAAAAUGCAACUUCUUUUGAUUCUCUUUUGUAAAUGUUUAGUUUUUUGUACAGUAAAGUGGUAAUUCCUGGAAUUGGAAGGGUUGUCUGUUUAUUUAUUAUAAAUGCCUCCUUUAUGCUGUAUUUCUUUUUCAAAUGUCAAGUUAUAAGGGGGAAGAUCUCAAACUAUGUAAACAAUAGAAAUACUCAAAAUGUGGUUCUCAGACUCUGUUUAUCAAAAUAACCACGGGAACUUAUUAAAAAAUGCAGACUGCUUGGUGCUGUUCUAAUCUAGUGAAUUGAGAUACCUGGUUUUGGAACCUAGGAAUCUGUAAUUUUUAAGCUAAAAACAUAAAUGCUGUACAUGAAGAGUGAGUGCAGGUGAAUAUGCACACAUUAAUGGACAAUAAAUGAACAUCUACACACAUACCACCAAGAGUAAGAGAGAGAGAGUGGUACUAUUUUUCAGGGCCUCUAAUAUACCACAUACUUAUGGAAACUCUCUCCUCUCACUGAGCAGUAAGCAAUAAAUAUCAUGAAUUAUAUACUGAUCAUUCUCUUGCUUUCUCUGGAGAUUUAUAUCUAUUUAAAUAUCCCUAGGUAGCUCAUGAUUUAGCUUGGCCAGGUUUUGAAAUUUAAAUAAAUACAAUCAAAUGAUAUAUUUGCCUUGUGAUUUUAUUUCACUAAAAAAUUAUGUUUUUGUCUAAUUCACCCAUUUUGUUGUGUAUAGGUAAUUCAUUUUUAUUGUUCUAUAGUAUUUCAUGAUAAGACUCUGCCACCAUUUAUUUGUUCAUUCUAUUAUUGAUGAAUAUUUAGGCUAUUUUCAGCCUUAUGUUACCCUUCCUACCUUCAUUUCCUCCUUCCUUCUUUUAUUAUAUUUUAUGUAUCCAAAUAGAAAUCCUUUAUCAAAUACACACUUUGCAUCUACUUUCUCCCAGUGACUGAAUGACUUGUAUUUCUAUUUUUUAUAACAGAGGCUUUGUCUACUCCAGGAACACAAGGAUUUUCUCAUCUUUCCCCUAGAAGCAGCAUACUUUUAGUUUUAUAUUUAUGUCUAUGACCCAACUUGAAUAAAUUUUUGUAUAUAUUGUGGAGUCAUGGCGGAAAUUUAUUUUUUUGCAUCUGAAUAUCCAAUAUUUUAGCACAAUUUGUUUAAAAGACUUCUUGUUUCUUUCUUGUUGAAUUAUCUUUUUGUUAAGAAUUUAUUGACCAUAUUUGUGUGUGGCUAUUUCUGAACUUUGUAUUUUGUUCUGUGGGUUGAUAUGUCUCUCCAUAUGCCAAUAUGACACUGUCAUGUUCAUUAUAGCAUUGUUAUAAGCUUUGAAAUCAGAGACUAUGUGGCCUCCAAUUUUACACUUCUUUAAAAAUUUUUGGUCGUGAUAAUCCUUUGAAAUUUCAUAUAAUAUUAAUAUUAUUUGAAUAAUAGACAAAUCUUUAAUUAUAUACCCUUUUCUGUUCCUAAUGUUAUUUGGGUCUUCUUUUUCCUUGGUCAGUUUGGCUAGCAGUUUUAUCUGUUUUGUAAAUUUUUUCAAAGAAAUAGCUUCGGGUUUCCUUGAUAUUUAUCUACUGUUUAUUGCUUUUUGUGCUAUUAAUUUCACUUUUAUUAGCUCAUUAGUUCAUUUUUUUCUGUUCACUUUGGAUGAACUUUAUUAUUCUUUUACUAGAUUAUUUAGGGUGGAGAGCUUACUUAAUAAUUUUAGAACUUUCCUCUUUUUUAAUAUAAACGUGCUGAGAGGUAAAUUCUCCUAUAGGUAUUGUAUUGGCUGCAUGUCACAGAUUUUAAUAUGUUGUAUUCCGUUCUCAGGAAAUUCAAAUAAUUUUCUAAAUUCCCUUAUAAUUUCUUCUUCAAAAUAUGGUUUAUUUAAAAGUGUGUUCCAUGUAUUUGGGAACUUUCCAUCCAGCUAUCCUUCUGUUAUUUAUUUUAAUUCCAUUUCAGUCAGGGAACAUACUUUUUAUGGUUUCAAUCUUAUUGAAUUUACUGAGAGUUAUUUUAUUGUUAUAAUAGGGCCUAACUUGGUGAAUGUUCUAUGUGUAGUUGUAAACAAUGUGUAUCCUCUUGUUGAGUAGAGGGCAUUACAAAUGCCAAUAGGUUGUUGGUUAUUUAGUGUUUUCAAGUUUAUAAUUGUAUUUACGUUCAGCCUUUGUCUUCAAUCAAUCACUGACACAGCAUCUUUGAUGUUUUCCACUUACAAUUUUUAAUUUUUCUAUUCCUCCUUCAAAGUCCAGAAAAAGCUAAGGAGGGCCCUAGCAGUCAGGGAGUCUAGAAAGAACAAGUACACACCCACUGAAAAACAGCUGGAGAAGAUAUCACUAGAUUGUUAUUAGUAGUAACAGCUUCUGGAAACCACCCAAGAGUAUCCACAAAUGAAUGAAUAAAACAAACUGUGGCAUAUUCAUGGAAUGGAGUACAACACAGCAUCAACAAGUAGUGAAUCACCAGUACAUGCAACAAUAUGAAUAAAUUUCACAGUCCUUACAAUGAAUGAAAGAAGUCAGACAAAAGAAUAUAUACUAUAUGUACUUUAUAAUUGUCUUUCAUUUGUUCAUAUGAUGUCACUCAUGUAAAAUUCUAUAAAAUGCAAAAUAAUUUAUAGUGACAGAAAGCAACAGAUUAAUGAUUGUUUUGAGAAAGGAUGCAAGUUAGGGAGGACCAUGAAUUGCAAAGAAGUAUGAAGAAACUAUAUGGGGUGAUGACUAUAUUUAUAAUAUUAAUUGUGAUAGUUUUGUGGAUUUUAUAUAUGUUGAACUCAUCAGAUUGUAAACUUUAAGAUAUGAGUUUAUUGUAUGUCAGUCAUACCUAUAUAAGGCUGUAAAAACAUAAAAUAUGUUAAAAUAACUUACAUGAUAUCAUAUAUGUACAUUCAAUGACUAGAACAAAAUUAUGUAUACUGUGAAUAUGCUAUCAAAAAUUAAACUGAUAGUUUUAAAAAUUGACCCAUUUAGAUAAUAAAA